CCUGUUUCCAGCUACGUUCAAAUAUCGUGCCAUCUGUCUCAAACCGCAUGCCGUCUGCUUCAAAUCCCGUGCCAUCACCUUCAAAAGCGUGCCACUACGGUCAAAUCGUGUGCCACUACGUUCAAAAUUGACAGCUCGAGCUGAAGGCAUUGCCGUACCAAAACAAAACAAACACUUUUGCUAAAUGAUUCGCAAAUAUUGCAUUGUUUUUAAUCGGUUUUCGAUAGCUAAACGAAUAAACUAUGGAUUAAUUGCAUUUUGACUCUAUUUUUCAUCAAACGGGUAAAAAAUUGGCAAAUUGUCAACAAACAACAAACAUGCAUCCAAGCAGCUGUCAAUUUUGAACGUAGUGGCACACGAUUUGACCGUAGUGGCACGCUUUUGAAGGUGAUGGCACGGGAUUUGAAGCAGACGGCAUGCGGUUUGAGGCAGAUGGCACGAUAUUUGAACGUAGCUGGAAACAGGUGUAAUUUUCCAUUUCAUUUGUAAACGUACAAAACAGUUCGUAAAAUAUUUUACAUUCAAGUCAACAUGAAACUUAGGAUGAUAUUGUAUUAGGACGAUUUUGAACUCCACUGUCCAACUGUCAGUUCCAAGAAUAGACGAGCUAGGGUUUAAAACUUCAGAACAUUUUCUCCAUUCAAUGGAGUAUCUAAUGAAUUGAAUUUAAUUCGACCUGAUUGGUUAACCUUCACAAGAAUAUAUACGGAAAAAUACCGCCCAAUGUAUUCACGUUAAUUUUUACAUUGUAAAGCCAUUCUACGCUAUCCUUUUGCUAUCCUUACGGCAUCACAUUCCAGCACGUAUCGACACGACUACCAUUGGGCACGGUCGAUGGAAAAUCAGUUUGAAUGGGAGCUCGGAAAAAUUCGAUUAUCUUUCACCGCGGGUAAAAUCGUCGCCUUAAAAAAGGGUCCCCUUUGUGAUUGUAGCAUCCGCAAACUGAUCCACUUAGAUUCACUAUUUGUACAACGUUACCUUUCACCCGAAACCUUGGAACGCAUCAUUUUAGAGCACCUUUUUAUACGCAUCGCAAUAAGGUUCGAAGUUCGAACCUUUUCCCCUUUAGCGAAACGAUGAGCAGCCGAUAGUAGAUCGCGUUGAGAAUGGAGUCGCAUUUCUUUCACUUUUGUAAGAUGAAAUAAAAAGAAACAGGCAAUCUUGCACCAAAUUUGGCCUCUUCCCUGUGUGGUUGCUGUGGCGGAAAAAAUACAGUCAUUCUGAUGCUGGUAUUUUCUUAUUGCUACAAUCUUUUCUUUCCAAAGAACAGCAAAAAAAAAUUCUCUCGAUGGACCUAUCCGGUUUGGAUUGCGAAGCGGCCCCGGUUGACUGGUUUGGAAUUGGCAUCUAGGCAAGCACAAAAAAUCCUGUACCCCAGAUGCCCUCGAUGCGAGAAAGCUCAGCUACCUGACCCAAGACCGGAGCGAACGAGAGCUCGAUGUGCAGAGAAGGAUGAAGUUGAUCGAUCGACUGCUGGACAAAUGCUUCCAACGCCACGGGGCACUCGUGCUUAUCGUCGCUGGACUGCUGUGUCUCCAGAUUACCACUAGUGAUAGUAUACCGUUAGACGAUAGCAAUAGUAAUAGUGGCAGUAUUAGUAGUAGUGAAACGCUAGAAUUAACCGCAUGUCAGCAUCUGAGGCGUGCGGAGGCGCGUCGCGCCAAGUCAUUAGGCGAUAGUCUGCUGCAAACGGUUCGGAUACCGCGUUGUACCGCACUGGGUGACUUCGAACCGGUGCAAUGCUCGAACGAGCUCAACGGAACCGAGUGCUGGUGUGUUGACGAGUAUGGUGUAGAGAUUACGGGCAGCAGGCGCAGCCACGCGGAUGAUGUCAACUGCACCCGGGUGGAUAACCACUGCCAGGCAUCCAGCUGUCGCAUGUUCUGUCCGGCGGGUUUCGCCAAGGACCUGGCGUCCGGUUGUCCCGUAUGCCGCUGUCGAGAUCCGUGCGAGGAUAUCCAAUGCCCUCGGGGUCAACAGUGUGAACCGCAGGAGGUACAGUGUAAAACCGAACCCUGUCCACCGAUUCCGACUUGUCGCAAAGCACGCAGCCUGAAUGACCUUUGUCCAGCGGGACAACCGCUAGCGAUCACGGGUACCAUUCGUCCCUUCCUGUGCGGAACGGAUCCAGGCAAACCGAGCUGUCCACCGCUGUACCGCUGUUUGGUGCAGGGUGGCAACGACUAUGGCGUGUGCUGUCCGGCUUCGUUGCAGUUUGAAAAGCCUGGCAGUUGUCCGCGGGCGAACGAGAUCGAAUCGACAGAUAGUGCGGGUUAUCUGUGUGGUACGCCCUGUAGCCACGAUCUCGAAUGCCCUCAGAUGCAAAAGUGUUGUCAAUCGGAUGGUUGUGGAAGGAACUGUCAACAACCGCACAAUGUUACCGUUUGCCAUCAGGCACGCAUGCUAUCGGAGUUGCUCUCGGUGAAUGAGCGUGAGGGUCGCGGUUAUGUGCCACAGUGUGAUGGACCCGGUGGUAGCUUCUCAACGCGCCAAUGCUCCCGUAAUGGGCUCGUUUGCUGGUGUGUGGAUCCGAAAACUGGUAACAAAGUGAAAGGAACGAUGGGAGCGGCUACCAGCGUAAACUGUGAAGGCGUGGAGAAUAUGAUCGGAUCGGGUCGCAGCGGCGGACGUAGCGUGGACGGCACGCAAACACUGUGCGAUCACAACAUCUGUGCGGCGGUCUGUGAGUAUGGGUUCAAGAACGACCACAACGGAUGUCCGACGUGUGAGUGUUCGGAACCGUGCGAGGGUUACCUUUGCCCAAGCGGAUCGCACUGCGAAGUUGCAAAGGAUCCGAAAUGUGAAGCAUACUCUGGUCUUUGCUCGUCCGAGCCUGUCUGUAAGCCGGAUCUUGUGUACUCUAACCCGUGCGAAAUUGGUACACCGCUGGCAGAUAAUAUUACCGGUGAACUGCUGUUCUGUCAUAUGGAGCGUCCCAAGAGUCGUGAAUAUCAAAGCCGUACCUUCUUUGACGACGACGAACAAGACGAGGAUCAAAAUGGUCGGAAACGAUCGAUGUCGAAUACGAUCAUGUGUCCGGUGGAGACGCACGAGUGUCGUAAGCUUCAUGGCGAAUCCCGCAGUGUCUGCUGCCCUUUGGUGGUCGAAGGUGAAGACGAAGAGAUGACAGAGGAACGUCAACAAUCGAUGUGCGAAUAUCUGCGCGACUUUUCCGACCGUAUGGAGGGUACGGUCGAGGGGAUGGAGCUUGCGCUGCCUCCACCAUCCUGUACAUUAGACGGAGGUUACCAGGCCAUGCAGUGUGUUACCCGUAAAACUAAGGUUAAAGUUUCGGAACAGCGGAAGUACAUCGAACAGAACAGCAUUCGUCGUAUGAGGAAACUUCUAGAGGAUGCAUCGAUCGCAGGUCAUUUGACAUCAACCAUGACCGCUUCAACGUCUUCAGCUGCACCCGAAGUUAGCUCUGUAAAUCCCCCAGUUCGUGCACGACGUGCUGCUAACCCUAGUCCCGACAGCACACUCAAACUACUGCCCGUUAGUGAUGUGGAACAGAUGGUUGGUGGUGGCGAUCCGACCGGGAUUUACAACAUGCCCGGUUAUCUGGCCGUUCAGGCUCGCUCUGCAAAGAUCAUCGAUUUCAAUCGUCUGGAAUCGAAGAAUGGCAAUGCGAACCUCGACAAACCGGAGAUUAAACCGUCAACGCUCCUGAAGCGUCCGCUCGUCGUUCCAACCCUUCCGACUCCCAUGCAGGAGCAGCUGGUUGAGGUUGAGAUUGAGGAGUGUUGGUGUGCCGAUGGCUUCGGUACAGAAAUACCCAAGACCCGUGGAUUCAACGCAACAACCAAGAGUUGUGAAGCGAUUCGAGAAUCUCUCGGCUGUUUGGAUCUAACGUGUCGUAUGGGCUGUGAUUAUGGGUUUGUACUGGACCCAGACACACAAUGUCCAUCCUGCGAGUGUCGCGAUCCGUGUGACAGUGUCAACUGCCCCGAUGGGCAAGAAUGUCGAUCGGUCGAGGUGUCUUGCGAGGGCGAAUAUUGUCCACCGGUACCGGCUUGUUUCCCCAAGAAGCCCGGUCAAUGUCCGUUCCUGGUACCUCCUGGAUCAGAAAACUCGGAAUCAGACUCGUGCGAGUACGAGUGCCGCACAGAUGCGCAUUGUGACGGUUCGAAGCGUUGCUGCUCGAACGGUUGCGGAACGCAAUGCGUGGAGCCACAGCUAAAGACCGCUUGCCAGCAUCUGCAAACCAUUCAACUGCACCAAGCGUCCGAGCUGGGUAUUCCACCAAAACAGAAGUACAUCGCACAGUGUGACAUCGACGGCAGCUUCCGUACGAUACAGUGCGGCCCCGGUAACGUGUGCUGGUGUGUGGAUGAGUUUGGAAACGAAAAGAGCGGAACCCGUACCAACAAUGGGCAGCCGAACUGUGAGCUCUUCCCGAAAACGGAAUGUCCCUUGCUUAAAUGCCGACCAUGUGAGUACGGGUACAAGAUUGAUGCGAACGGUUGCAAGUCCUGCGAAUGCCGGGAUCCAUGCGGAGAGAUCUCCUGUCCACGCGGAGAAGAGUGUCAACUUAUACAGGUAGAAUGCAUUUCGGUGCCCUGCCCAAAAAUGCCAAUCUGCGUACCGAUCCGAGAGUCCGUCUGUCCCGAGGGAUUACCUUUGCGUUCCAGCGGUCGUGAGAUAGUAUGUGGACCGCAAACCGAUGCGGACACGUGCCCGUCGACACACAUCUGUCAGUUAAACCCGAUCAGUAACCGAGGAGCUUGUUGUGGGAAGACGAGGGACGUUUGCUUUGAGUCGAUCGACCAGAGCUGCCUGCAGGUGACGGAAUCGGGAGCUGAAAGUAAUGAGCUAGACAGCAUCACGCGAUGGCGUUUCAGUCCUCGGUUGAACAAAUGUGUCCCAGUAACACUACCGCGUGGCGUAUUCUGUCAGUCAAAGAACCUCUUCCACAGUGAGCAGGCAUGUAACGGUGUUUGUCCAGUACUGUCCCAAUGCGAGCGUCUUCGUCUAAAGAAUGCAAUGGCGGCAAAACGCGCUGGCCAACCAAACACCUGGUUCCAGCCACGUUGUGAUCCGGAAACUGGCUUUUGGAGUCCUGUGCAGUGUCUCGGAUCGAUGGGAACUUCAGAGGCCAAAUCCAACGACACGAAUGGAACAUCAUCAACAAACUCGGAUCAUCCAGCCGCCGUCGGAGUGUGUUGGUGUGCCGAUAAGAAGGGCGCUCCGGUAAAGGGCUCACUGACGAAAGGUUCGGAACCGAAGUGCAGCAGUCGACAAGCACGUCGCCGUGGUGACUCGAUUGAGACGUCCUCCAGCGAUCCAGUGAUGGAAGAACUGAUCAGACAGAUCACGUUCCUGGUGGACGAAAACAACUAUCUGGUGGAUGAGGAUUUGGAGCCCGUUCAGCCGGUGUCUGUGGCGAGUGCCAAUUACGCUCCGGAGCCACGCUACAUCGGUUCAGUAUCAUCCGCUACGGAGAAGGUCAUCGAGCUGGCACGCACCGCCGAGAGCCGUAAUUAUAUUAGCGACAAUGGAGCCGAACCGAUCGCCAAGCGACUUAGCGCUUCUGCAACACGCUGCCAAGCCCUGCAAAUGGCUGCCUCCUUUCCGGUGGCGUGUGAUGAGUCCGGAUCGUUUGAACCGAUGCAAUGCAAUGGUGAUACGUGUUGGUGUGUAGAUGCGGCCGGUAACCAACUCCCACUAUCCAGCACCUUCAAGCGUGGUCAACGGUCCUGUCUCUUCACGCCGAUCGAUGUGGUGGAGAUCGAGCUACGGUUAAACAACGUCCAUCCUCAGCGAGCCCUGUUGCAUGUUUACGAAACUCUCCGAACCGAACUUUCCAUGCUCGUAGGCAGCAUUUAUGACAACUACCGGGUGCAGGAGAAUGUCGACGGAAGUGUCACGCUGCGGUUCGAUCUGAUCGAAAGCACCAAGGUGGACGAUGCGUACGCAAUCGAGGAAAUGGUGCGUGAUGGAUCGUUUGCGUUGUAUCACGGGCAGCUGGUAGCUGACAUGACACAGUCUCGGUUCGCGCAUCGCAUCUCGGUCGGGCUUCCGCUGGCACAGCCAUCGUCCGGCAUUCCGGAAAAUACCUUCCAAACGAUCGUGUUCGUGCUGGCGACGGCUUCCGCCUUCCUAGUCGCCAUCUUUGUGGUGUUUGUGAUGCUGAAGCGGGGACGCAGCACCAAAACCAAACACUACUCCAAUGGAGACAAAAUAUUCGCCAUCGGUGCGGACAAGUAUGUCGACUACAGUUCACCCAUCUUUGUGCUCAGUGCCAACGAUAGCAAAUCAAUCCAGCAGCAGCAACAGCAGGGCCGUUCCGAUUAAUUACCUCUCGCAAAGCUGGCGAUCGAUUGGAGAACGGUACGGUCGAUAGAUUUUAUCUAGCCUUCUUGUUGUCAGGGUCCGCUGCACGCGGUGCAUCUUUUGCUCCGGCGUCCACCGGACACUGGCCAGCUGGAUUUAUUGGCUGCUCUUGGAGCCGCUGCUGAAGGUUUCGCAACUUACAUGAACUCUAUAAGAAACGGAAUGCACAUGUUGUUGAUUUUAUACUGUACAUAUUGUGAAAGUUCUCUGCGUCUUUCGCUGAAACUGCAGCGAUGAUAGAUAAAGGGAAUAGAUUUGAAAUGGACUUCAUCUUUGCAAACCUUCCUUCGGUUGCUUCCCAUUUCGAAAUGGUUAUCAACUGAGUUUUUUUUACCGAUUUUCAUCACGCAUUUCACACUAUCGCUACUUUUAUUAUGUCAUUACUUUCUUUUGCUAACGGUGUGACCGUGUUAAAAAAAACUAGCUUUUUUGUGUGUCCCCAAAUGGAACCAUUCCAAUGGUGGGCGAAAUUGGAGUACAUGUAAAUAAGAUUUUUCUGGCAAACAAUUCGAGAUUGUCUUUACAUUUCCUGACGAUUUCAGUGUCUGCAAAUCUUUACUAUACCAAGAAGUGUUUAAAUUCACAGCCAGGGCAAACAUAUAAUAAUAAAAACCAUACACACAGGGUCUACCGGAAAUGAAAGUAACGAAAUAGAACUAUUUUUUAUCUUACAAAGACACAACCGCUAGUAUGUAAGCGAUAAAAUUUCUCUUCUCUCGUCGUCCUCUCAUGGAAACUUGCGUAGAGCCAAUGAGAUGAAAAAUAGUAUGAUCAACCCAUUAAGCGCUGAAGAUCACUCGAUCCAUAUGAAGAACGAUAAAUGAGGAGGAAUAUGCUAUUUAUUUAUUCUUUCCCCCUGCUGAUACCUUUUCGUCCAGCAUUUCCACCUCGUUUACCUACCUCUAGACAGAUUAGGAUUUUUCAAAUAUAAACAUUUCGAUCUGCCAGUACAUUGGUCUUUGCAUUGCCGAGCAUAGAAUUUCGUAGCAGAUGUAACUGUACGCAGCUCGCAGCGGCGCACAACGUAACUGGCGGAAGUCUGGUGCUCUUAUUAGUCUUUUCCCCUAAAGUACGUGGUGUGGUAUCUUCAACUAUCUUUUCUGAUUUCAAAAAAUUGUACAUAAAACUCUACACUACAAUCUGGUGAUAAAAAAAAUCCAUACAUACACAAAGACGGAUACGGAUACUGGUAAAAAAUCCCAAACGAUAUUCAUCCGUUUAUGUGACUUGUUAUUUUGUUUUGUUCGAUAAUGAAAUAAAGAAGAUCAACAUAAAAUAA